GAAGAUGAGAUAAAGCAGAAGAGUCAUACCCAUGUCACACAGUAGUUUGAAGUCAAAUCAGAAUGUGUUGAUGAAACCUUUUAAUCCUUCAUAAAAUGAUGUUUUGGGGGUUAAUAAAGUUUGGGCUUGUUCUUCUCAUCCCGCAUAUAUGCAAAGCCGAUGUACGACUGGUUGGUGGUCAGACAAAAUAUGAAGGCCGAUUAGAAGUUAGGAAUGGUACUAGUGGUCCUUGGGGUACAGUUUGUGACGAUGAAUUUGAUAGAACAGAUGCUGCUGUCGUCUGUCGGAUGCUAGGGUUUCGAAAUACACAAUAUGCCGUUAAUGUAUCAUCUAAAGUUUAUGGACCAGGAUUAGGAAACAUAAUUUUGGAUGAUUUGAAAUGUGCUGGAAACGAAUCCGACAUAUUCCAGUGCAAGGCAAGUGCUGAAAAGAGCAAUUGCGACCAUGACGAAGAUGUUGGCGUAAACUGCCAAACACCAAUCAGACUUGCUCAUGGAACAACAGACCAUUCUGGGCGGCUAGAAAUAAAUGUGAACGGUUCUUGGAAGUCAUUUUGCCAAGACUCUUUCAACGAAACUACCGCAAAUGUAGUUUGCAGGAUGCUUGCUUUUAGCACUGGAAAUGUGGAAAUCAAGUCAACUCCAGGACUUGUUGACGGCAGUGAUUUAUCUGAAAAGUUGCCAGUGUGCAAUGAUGGUCUAGAAAACGAUAUAACUCAGUGUCAGCAAAAAGAUCAAACAUCUUGCUUGACGAAUGGAAGAGUAGAAAUCAAUUGCAGAACUCAGCUUAGGUUACAAAAUGGAACCCACAAUCAAUCAGGAAGAGUAGAAGUUUACUUUGAAGACAGAUGGAAUGCUAUAUGUGAUGAUUUCUUCAAUGAAAAGGCAGCAACAGUUAUAUGUAGAAUGCUAGGUUUCAACCCAAAGUUUGCUAAAAGUUACGGUCGAUCACGUUUUGGAAAAGGCAGUGCCGAUUUAGCUAUAGCUAUUGAUAAACUACGAUGCUCUGGUAAUGAGAGUGAUUUAUCAGAAUGCAAGUCAAAUCAAUGGGGAUCGCAUACAACAUGUAGUCGUAAUCGAACAGCCGCUGUGAAAUGUGCCACGGAAAUAAGACUUGCAGAUGGCCCGACGGCAUUUGCUGGCCGGCUAGAAAUCAAAUCGUCUGGUUCCUGGAGGACGAUGUGUGAUAAGGAUUUUGACAUAAAAGCUGCACAUGUUGUAUGUAAAAUGCUUCAAUUUGAUAACGGAAAUGUCAGUGUUAAAGGUAAUUCUUACUACGGAAAUGCAUUGGCAGAUAACAUCGGCUACACAUUAAAGUGUACAGGUGAAGAAGACGAUAUAAUGGACUGUAUUCGAACAAACAGUUAUUCAACUUGUGGCAAGGCAGUUGGAAUCAACUGCUAUUCCGACACACCCGUAAGACUUGUAGGUGGACCGACGACUUAUUCAGGAAAGAUUGAGGUGUAUUCACAGGAAGAAUCCAAAUGGAAAGGUGUUUGUCUGAAGGGGUUUUCAAUUCAUGAUGCAUACGUGAUUUGCAAAAUGUUGGGGAAUCCAAAUAGAAAUCCACGUAUACACAGGGCAACAACUCUUUAUCAUUUUGCUAUACGAGAAUACGCCGUGGCCGGCCUAAAUUGUGCUGGCAAUGAAAGCGAUAUUUCCGACUGUAAAUCAAAGGAACGAUGGAACGACUCAAAUUGUACCUACUUGGAUCAUGCUGGUGUAAAUUGCGAACCUGUCACACCAAUUCGCCUUGUAAACGGGCCUUCAAUAAAAGCCGGAAGAGUUGAGGUGUAUUAUAACGGAACAUGGGGUCAUAUUUGCAUGAAUGGAUUGACAUCGAACGAGACAGGUGUUAUGUGUGAAAUGCUUGGAUAUGGCCGUUCGUCAUACAUUCUUCAAAAUUGGAGACAUUCAAAAGGAAAUUAUAGCAUCACAAUUAACGAUUUAGAUUGCUUUGGCAACGAAAGUGAUAUAUCUGACUGUAAAGCGACUCAAUGGCAAGAUGGCGAAUGUUUAGGUGAUGCAGCACUCGGGAUAGCCUGCGGAUCUAUAAUAAAACUGGAAAAUGGUUCCGAUCAUCGGUCUGGUCGUGUUGAAAUUAAGCAUAAUGGCACAUGGUGGACAAUUUGCGCAGAUACAUUUGAUAUAAAUGCAGCUAAUGUUACAUGCAGAAUGGCUGGAUUUCGCUUCUGGAAUGCAUCUGUUAUUUCAAACUCUGUGUUUGGAGUCGGAUCUGUCAACUCUUUGAUCAACAAUAUAACAUGCAAAGGUGAUGAGGAUGAUUUAUCAAUGUGUCUCGCAUUUUCUUGGGAGAAAACAACGUGUAAACAAGUUGCCACAGUUCAUUGCCGAGUUCAACAAACCCCGCUCCGUUUGGUCAAUGGUGACGUUCCCUAUUCUGGACGCGUAGAAGUAUUCUACAAAAAUAAAUGGGGUACAGUUUGUGAAAAAGGGUUUACCUUAGCUGAUGCUAAAGUGGUAUGCCAAACAGCUGGAUAUAAUUUUUCAACGGAUGUUACGAUCGUGAUUGACAAGUUUGAUGGAGAAUAUACACCAUACCAAGUUAUGAUACGGAAUCUUGCAUGUAACGGUAAUGAAUCUGAUAUUUCACUCUGCCAGUCAGAUGAUUGGGACACCGGUUAUGAAAAUUGUCCGUAUUCGGGUAGCUACCAGAGUGUCGGUGUUAAGUGUUUGACAACAGUUAAUUUAGUUGAUGGUCGUACAGAAUAUAGUGGUAGGGUCAAAAUUGAACAUAACAGAAUUAAAGGUAGUGUUUGCAGCGAAAGCUUUUCGAACGAAAACGUCAAAGUUCUCUGCGCAAUGCUUGGUUAUAACUUCACAGACAUGUUCCUAUGGGAAAACGAUAUGCAUACUUUUUAUUCACCUACACCUGUAACAGUUAACGGACUAGAUUGUACAGGAAACGAAACAGAUAUUCAGGAAUGCAAUUCUCGUCCUUGGGGUCAAACAAAUUGCUCAGAAAACGAAGCUGUGGCUAUAAACUGUAAUACACCAAUUAAGUUGGAAAAUGGUCAGAACUCUUUGUCGGGACGUGCAGAUGUUCUAAAAUCUGACGGUUGGAAUAAUAUAUGUUAUACAGGAAACAAAAUGCUAGACAGGGAUAAUGCACGAGUUGUCUGCAGAACAAAAGGUUUAAGCACUGGUAUGAUAACAGUGCAUAAAGAAUUUGGAGACGAAGGAAGCCAAUUAAACAUAAAAUGUCAAGGCAGUGAAUUAGAUAUUGGACGUUGUUUGAUAAUAAAUGGUACAUGCACAACUAAUAUGACUCUUGGAGUAGCAUGUGAUACCGAGGUGAAAUUAUUGCACGGUAGAACAAAAUACAUGGGUAUUGUUUCUGUUUACAUUCGAGACGCAUAUAGAGCAAUUACAUAUAUUGACAAUGACAUAACAGCUGAAGUUGUUUGCAGAACGUUAGGAUACAAUUUUACAAGGUUUCCUGAGGUGCAAGACGUCACAGAAUUAGGAAUUAAGUCAAACUCUUAUUGCUCAAACAGUAUUAUAUACCGUCUAGAUUGCGAAGGAGAUGAGUCUGAUGUUAUAAAUUGUAAAAAUAGUAUUUGGGGUUCGUAUAGCAAUAAUUGUGUGUAUCCACAAUCUGGAGUAAACUGUCAAACACCAAUACGCUUAGCCAACGGCUCAAAAUAUCAGCACGGACGAAUGGAAGUCAAACAGAACGGUACAUGGUAUCCUGUUUGUAGCAGACACUUUACAAAAGAAGCUGCUACUGUGGUCUGCCGUAUGCUUGGACAUAAAUAUGUUAAGGAUGUCAUUUAUCAUGACGAAAAUGCCGAGGAUUAUGCACGUUACGUAAAUGGCAAUUUCCAGUGCAGUGGAAGCGAAGUAGAUAUAUCAGAGUGUUUAAAUGCCAUAAGUGAAUCUGACUGUGCUAUGGGCAAUCCAGUUUAUAUUGACUGCAGAAUCCCGUUCAGACUAGUGGAUGGGCCAACAAAAUAUAGAGGUCGUCCAGAAAUCUCACUUAAUGGCACAUGGGGUCCCAUUUGUGAUACAACGAAUGCCAAUACAAUUACAGCGCUGUGCCGGAUGUUAGGUUUUAAUUACAUGGGUGCCAUCCGCCAUAGUAGAAAACAAGCCUACAGUAAUAAGACAUGGAAUUCGACACGUUUUUAUGCAUCUGAUUUAACUUGUGAUUACUACCGGUUAGAAGAUGACGUAUCUGAAUGCUCAUCAUAUAACUGGAACUGUCCUUACAGUGAACCCCUUGAGAUCGAAUGCAAUACACCUGUCUAUCUAGAGGGAGGAUCGAAUCCUAAUGUCGGACGCGUUCGAGUAAGAUAUAGAGACAGUUACCGGGGAAUAUGUGGUGAUCAUUUUACAAUAGAAAAUGCUGAUGUCAUCUGCAAGUCAAUUGGUAAAGAAACAUACAGAAACGCAUCAGUCUAUUAUGGAAACAAAUAUGGCUCUUCAUACUACCCAAUCGUUGGUCUUAGCUGCUCAGGUGACGAAACAGAUUUACAAGAAUGUAAGUCAUCUCCAUGGUCAAUAACAACUAACUGUACCAUGUCUAACAGAGCAGUUGCUGUCAAUUGUCGUCCACAUACACCUGUGCGAUUGAAAGAUAACAAAUCUGGAUUACCGGAAUUUAACUAUAAUGGACAAUGGGGUACAAUUUGUAAUGAAAACUUUGACACGAAAGAUGCCAGUGUUAUAUGUAAUAUGCUUGGCUUCAAAGUUGGGGAAAAGGGUGACCCAGUUUUAACAAAUAAAUCAGAUGUGCUGGUUAGAAGUCUGUCGUGCUCUGGAUCGGAAAAUGAUAUAUCUGAAUGCGAAUCAGUCUCAUACUCGUGGUUUUCUGGUGGAGCAUCUUGCAAUGGUGAUGACCAGAGAAAGGCAACAGUUAAAUGUUCAAAUGACAGAGUGCGUUUGGUUGGAGGUGUAAACGAUUAUAUUGGAAAUAUCAAGUUUCAAUAUUUGGGAAUUUGGGGUUCAGUAUGUGACGGAAAUUUUGAUUCUAAAGACGCUGAGGUUGUUUGUAGGGAAAUUGGAUUGCAGGAAAAGAAUAUAGAUAUUUUCAAGAACUCUCGAUUUGGCUAUCAGAGUAGUAAUUUUAUUGUAAAUGAUCUUAACUGCACCGGAGGAGAACGUGACUUAGAUGAGUGCGGAUCAUAUCCUUGGAAAUUGAACACCUCUCUAUGCCCAUAUUACAACAGAAAUGCUGGUGUUAAUUGUAGGCCAGAUACUCCAAUUAAACUGUUAAACGGGACAAGUAAUUAUACUGGUCGUCUUGAAGUUGAAUACAAACAACAUUAUGGAUCAGUAUGCGACAGAGAUUUCGAUGUAGACGAUGCUAUAGUGGUCUGCAGGAGUCUAGGAUUUAAUACCAUGAGCGUUGGUUUCAAGAACAACGCAUUUUAUGGAAAAGGAAAAGGGGACAUCUUUGUCUCGAACUUGAAGUGCACGGGAAAUGAAAGUGACAUAUCAUAUUGUGACACACCCUAUCGAUGGGCCGAACCGCAUGAGUUCUGUACACAUGAGAAUGACGUCUCUGUUCUUUGCAACACGCCAGUGCGCCUUCGUGGAGGAUGGACUGAUUUCGAUGGAAUAGUUGAAAUUUAUAUAAAUAAAUCUUGGAACUCUGUUUGCUAUGAUGGAUUCACACAAGAAGAUGCAAAAGCAGUAUGCAAAUUGUCACCUUUGUUAAGUGAUACUCAUAG